GAGGCCCUCGUCAGCGCGUGCCUCGCCCUGAAGGCCGCGGUGGCGCUGGCCUCGCAGAGCGCAGGCACGGCGUUCCAGGCCGCGCAGCUUGCGCAGCACGCCGCCCCAGCCGUGCGCACGAGCGCUGCCACCUCCGCGCCCGCCGGCCAGCAGGCUGGCGCCUCGGCGCAGGUGCUGCCCGGCCCGCCGCGCGAGACGCUGCCCAUCGACGAGCACCGCGACGAGAUCGUGGGCGCCAUCAAAUCCCGCAGGGUGGUCUGCAUCCAGGGGGAGACGGGCUGCGGCAAGAGCAGCCGCGUGCCGCAGUAUGUGCACUUCCUCUGCAGGGACCCGGCGGAGUCGCCGAGGCCUGGGGAGGAGCGCGUCAUCGUCUGCACGCAGCCGCGGCGCCUGGCCGCCC